AGUAUUUUGCUUUUAGUCAGCAUCCUUACCAUUGGUGGAUGACUUGCUGCAAUUUUCCAUUACAAAAGCGUUAUAUUUUCUGACCAAGGCACUCGAUUGAUUGAUACUAGAUUAACCCACACACAAGAUUAACCCUUCCUUGUUGCAUUAUCAUGUACCCUCUAGACUUUUACAAAGGGGUUAUGAUUUAUGACCAGCGGGAAUGUAUGAGCCAUGAAAUAAACAGAUGUUAAUAUUUAAUUUGAUUUACAUUUUUAGACAAACCCGAAGGUGCAAGGCUCAUUACCAAUGCUUCACAAAAUACCGUCACUGAAGGGGACACAGUUACAUUCAUGUGCAUAGUUAUGGCUGCUGUGCCAGAAGUGUCAAUUUACAAGUUCUAUUUCAAUGGCCGCCUCCUUGGUCGGAACAACAACAGUGAGUAUACUCUGAAUAAGGUCAAUCGAUCUCAGCACUAUGGCGAGUACAAAUGUGUCCCACAAAAUGACGCUGGAGAUGGAGCAGAAGCCACUGUGAGACUUGACAUAAAUGGUGGGUAGAAAUAUCUUUGAGCAUUUUUGAGUAAUUUGGAAUUAUAAUCCAAAACAGGAGAAACGUUUUUUACCAGUAAUGAAACUUUCCACACCUUGAAUCAUUACAACCCCUAACAGGGAAGAAUAGAGACCCUGGUAUUGAGAUUGACGUGUCUCCAGCUGAAGAGGUGUCUCCCUUGCAAGUAUUACUCAGCUUGCCACACAAUGCUCCUCCCUAAUAUAAGGUACUUGAGAAAAGUGCUGAUGAAGGAUGCAUGACCUAAAAAAUUUAGCCAAUACCUAAUAACAAAUGGGUGCCUAAUAGUAAAACUUAGGCUUGAUGAUAAUGAAGUGGUGUGUGAUAACGAUGGACUUGUGCCUAAUAAUGUUGGACAGGUGCCUAAUAAUGAUGAACCGGUGCCUAAUAAUGAUGAACAUGUCUAAUGAUAAUGAAACAAGCCAAAUAAUGAUUCCCAAGAGUAUAAUAGGGAUGAAAUGUUCACUGAUUUGGGGAAAUGACACUCCAUGGCAGUGCUCGCCAGGCAAAAUUUGGUUUGUUACCUUAGACUGUUGUCAGACACAAGAAGUCUGUAAGUUUGUACAGCUUUUUUGGGAGCCUAUAUAAGGUUUUACAUUUUAUUUUUACUGUGUAGCAGAUUACCUGGAAUUUAGGUGCAAGUUUGAGAUUAACCCUAGGUCUCAUUAUGUAAAAAAAAAAAAGAAAGAAGACAAACCAUGAUUCCAAAGCAAUUAUCCUGUGUCCGCCAAAAACUGUAAACUUAUUCUUGUUAUUAGUGUAUUUUAAAACUGAUGCAAAUUCCGAUUAGCUGACUUAGUGAAAGUUUGUUUCCACUUUUUUAUAUUUUUUUUAGGUAUGUGCUACACUUUAUAAUCUUAUUUCUAUAGCGUAGGAAGUGGAUGGUUUUGAACCAAAUCACACUCUAAUGUUAUGGUGUGAAAAUUUGUUGUUUCUCUCUUCUUACCUAGUUCCUGUCCACUUUACAGAAGUGCCACAUAAUAUAACAGUUAACACGUCAACUCCUCUGUUUUUGAGUUGUGAUGCCUCGGGUUUUCCUGAACCUCAGAUAAGAUGGGAAAAAUAUGGGAUUAAUUUGUCCCGCACCAAACAGUUGAACAUCACCAGCAGUAACAGGAACGAUGCAGGAGAAUAUGUUUGCAUCGCAGGCAAUGGGGGGAGACAGGAAAAGACAGUAAGAGCUUAUGUCACUGUGCAAUGUAAGUCUUCAUUUCAGUAUGUCAUAAAAUGCUGCCACCCUGUAUUUAUUGGUCAGUUGCCAAAGUCCCCAAUUUUUUUCUCCUUAAUCAUUGUAAAUUUAACUUCUUUUUGUGGUCACCUCUAUUAAGUGGUCUUGGUCACCUUUGACUGCGUGACAACAACCUGUUUGUAUUGUCUUCCACUUGUAAUGAACGGUCACAUAAAAAGGAAACACUCAAUUAAAACUAAAAAUUAUUUUUUGAGUAAAAUGUAAUCCAUGUUUCUCUCCCAAAUUUAAUUUUAAUAAUAUUUUUAACAAGUUUUUGUGCAUAAAGUGAUCAAUUAUGACAUAAAAUGGCAUUUUUUAUUGUUUUUAAUAUUACUCUUAUUCUGUGGAACCCCAUCUCCUGAGGAUGACCACUCAAUACAGGUUUGACUGUACAUAAAUGCAUCUAUUUUCAAAAUGUUGCAAUUGAAAAAAAAAUUCUAAGAAAUAAUUGCACUUUUUGUUCCAAUAAAAAAGUGAUGACAGAAUAAAUUAUAAGGACAAAGGAUCAGCAGAAUAAGUCCUUGUCAAGUCCUUGUUUCACUUUCCCACUUUAAAGAAAAAGUAGUGUUCUUUUGAUGUGAAAUAUACAUGCAUCAUGCAUCAGCUCUUUUAUAAGAAGAGAAAAACUGUGCAUAUUCUCAAAACUGCAACGUUUUAGAAAACAGAUGUAUUAAUAUGCAUAGAUGUAUAAAUUUCACCCAAACAUACCCCAGAAAAACAACAUACCCAAAGUCAAUAUUCAAGAAAAAACCCUUUUUUCCUCAACCUCAGCCACUACUAGUCUAAUUAUCACAACCCAAUCACAUAACCAAUUCUCUCAAAUCUUAUGAUUUUUUGAUGGUGUGUACUUUUUCCUAUGGCCAGCUUUCCUUAGUAUCUAUCUUUUACAAGCUGACAUCUGAGAAGAAUCACUGCUUAUUCUCAGAUGUCUUGAAGACCACACUGGCAAUUUGCCACAUUGUUGGCAAACCCUACAACUGAUUAAAUUUAAUUUGAUCAAAAACACGAAAGGCAUUGGAUGAAAUUAGCCUCCCCUCAAGUCUCCCUUCUUAAAUAUUCUGUGAUCUUUUUUCUACCGAAUGGUGAAGUCUAUAGUUUCCCUUCUUUCACUGUCUUCUGUUUGUUUGUUUGUUUGCUUUCCUAACAGUCUUAAAUAUAGUGUUACUAAGAAAUGUGAGGGGCAAAUAAAAUGUCACAGUCAUCACAGAUGUUAUGUAUUCAGUUUUAUACAUGUAGAGUAUUGCUUGAAUAUAUCACUGCAGUAAGUGCAAUUGCCUCGUAAACAAUAUGCUAUUCUUCCACUUAGGAGGAAGCUUCGUGUACACAAAAUUUGAAGUUCAGGGCUUUCGGUAGCUUUGUCGGCUACUCCACCGAGUACAAUAGCUGUACCAAACAUAAUUUUUAAAUACACCUCUAUAAUAAUAGAUGUACACAACUGACAUGUAUGAGUGAAGCAUGUCAAGCAUUAAGCCAGUCAAGUGUUCUUAUGUAGAAUAAAGUUUCAAAAUUAUUGAAAUAAAAUUAACCUCUUAAUAAUAAAUGUGUAAUAUCUCUUUAAAAGAUUAAAAAAGCCACGUCAUUUAUGAAUUUUCAAACAAUAAAUGCCAAAAAACUUAAAGAUGGAAUUUAAAAAAUGCGAAAAUAUGACCCAUCUUUUGACUGAGAUUUUAAUCGUUGACCGGCACGCAGAGGCCAAAGCAAUAAAAAAUUGCAGACUCGAGAGAGAAUCAUACGAAAUUACUGACACCUGCUCACCUGACUUCAAUUUCUGGAGAGUAAAUUCUGCGACACUUCAGUUUUAUCUUCUCACACAUGAAUUAAAACAUAAAUUUAAUUAUUUGCAUGCAGUUUAGGGGUGAAAUUAAAUGUUACAUUUUACAUAAAAAGAAACACAUUACAGUAAAAUAAAGCAGAAGCAUAUUACCUUCAUUUUUAUGCGUCUGAAUAAAGCUACAAUAGGAAUUAUACAUGCAAUUGUUUCCCCAUGUAAACGGGGUGCAGUAGACGGCCGUAUAGGAAAUUUUACCCAAACGACAUUACAUCCUUCAAGUUGACAUGUACUAAAUCCCGAAACAGCGAAACGAACAAAACGAAACUAAACAUGCGAAACCACCGAAACGACAAAACGAAACGAUGUAACGAAACGAACCUAACGACCAUACUGAAACGACCACAACGAAAUGACAGAAACUAUCAAAAUAAUAUACAACUUGAAGGAUGCGAUAUGUUUCUGCUUUAUUUUAUUUAGGAAGUGGUCACAUUUUCAGAGGAGACAAAAAGCAUUUCCUGUAUUUUGACCAAAUUACCAUGUCCAAAGAAAGCAGCUCACUCUUUUUACAGUAGAACUAAAUCCAUGAGACCCGCUAGUUUGUUUGCAUCACACUUCAGCGGUUCAUAGUUUCCUAGACGGGUCCUCACAUGACAAUACUGUCAAAAUCAAAUUACCGCGUCAGACUUCUAAACCUAUAGAACAAUUAAUGUUCAAUUAACCUAUAGUUAAGUGAAGAGCAAAUGAUAGAAGCUUGCUUACGCCGUUCGCUAUUAUUUGAAAACUUUCGAGGCAAAAAAGCUUGUCCAGAUUUCAUAAAGAAGUAAUCCGAAAGUUAAUUUCUUUUGCCUUUACACCACGACUGAAUUAAACAUUCCGAACAGUCCGAAAUGUUGUUUAAGCAAUGGACCGGCUGAAAGGUUUACAUCUACGUCUACUUUUAUUAAGUUGGUAAAAUCUCUACAGAAAUCACACCAACCAACUCGCGCGCAAAGUGAGAAGACUAUAUCAAGGCUUAAAAUUAUAUUAAGAACGAUUUUGAUCAAGAAACGUGCCAAUAAUAUUCCACGACAGUGCAAAUAAUCGUGAAAGCUGAUCGUGGAAAAGCGAUUGCGAGACGCUCGGUAAGUUGUAAGAUGACAUGUUAUCUCAUAACAGACGAAAAAACACUUUAAAUUCUCAGUCUGCUUUUUGUACCCACUUUGCAGUCUACAUUUUGUACCUAGUCUAUAUUUUGUAAUAGUGUAGUUUGAUCGUCCGGGUAAGUGUAGUCCCGAGAAGGACUGUUGUCGGUAGUGGUGACUGACGUUUCGACAACCUGAGCGGAAGUCAUCAUCAGAGUCAAGUGAAAGGUUGUUCUCAGUCGAAUGUACUUAGUCCGGUUAGUGUACCCUGAUUGCUCAGUUUUGCAGUGAUGUUAUGGGCUGUAAGACUCAAGUGGCGUAGGUCAGUGGUGAUUGGUCGGUUCGGAUCCGUUAGUGAAGUUAGGUCGUUCUGUUCGGUUCGUUUGUAAUGUUAAUGUCGUGGAUGAGUCGUUUGUAUGGUGCCGGUAGUGCUUGACACCUGUUGAGGGGAGUCUGUUCCAAGUUAGUAAACCAGCUUUCCAGGGUCAGUCGUUGAAAGUAGUUGGUGCUGUAGGUUAGGCAUUGCGCAGAGUCCCAGUCAAUAGCGUGGUUCGUAAGUCGGUGAUCUUCAGCAAUGUGAUUGUUGACAUCGCCUUUCCUCGUCGCUCGUUUGUGUUCUGUCAGUCUAGUUUCGAGGUUUCUGCCAGUCUCACCGAUGUAGGAGGCGCGGCAGUCUUAUAUACUGCUCCUUGUCUGUUCCUCGGUUCGUCUCUGUCUUUGAUGUUAGUCAGUAACUGACGUAGUGUGGUAAUAGGUUUGUGAGCGACGCGGAUAUUGAAUGGUUGUAGGAUGCGUGAGAUGGUCUCAGAUAUGCUCUUUAUGUAUGGUAUAGUGGCUGUAGUCGUAGGAGUUGCGUUGUCGUUUAAGAGUCCUGAUAGUAGUGGCUUUGUGUGAUGUCGUGUUGUAGGAUGACUCGUCCAGUAAUCUGUCGGUUUCCUGUAAACUGAUGUCCGUAGUGAAUUGUCGUCACGGCUUACCGAGAAGUCUAGAAAAGGUAGUUUACCAUUUUCUUCGACCUCUCUAGUAAACUGUAUGUCAGUUUUUUGUUCGUUAAGGUGAUGGUGGAAUGCGUCGAUUUUGUCGUGUCGUACGGCAGUGAAAGUAUCGUCAACGUAGCGUAACCAGAGUGGUAUCGUCUGUCGGCAAGUCGAAAGGGCGCUUUCCUCGAUGUUCUGCAUCACAAUUUCUGCUACAACAACAGAAACUGGAGACCCCAUAGCUGUACCGUGUAAUUGUUUGUAGUUUUUGCCGUUGUACUGAAAGUAAGUUGAUGUCAGGCAAAGGUUUAGUAAGUUCAUAAUGUCCUCUGUCGGUAGCGGUAGAGGGUCUGUAGAUUGUAGGAUAGCAGUCUCAGUAUAUUGUAGUGCCACUUGAAGGGGAAUACUUGUAAAAAGCGAUUUCACAUCAAACGACACUAGUUUUUAGUCGUCAGGUAUCUGUACAGUCUUAGUGGCGUUAAUGAAUUCCUCGGUGGAUUGAAGUUUUCGUCUGGAUUUGUCGGUGAGCGGUUGUAGUAUUGUCGUUAGGUACUUGGACAGUUGGUAUGUCGGAGAACCACAGAAGGAAACAAUAGGUCGCAUUGGGAAACCAGGUUUGUGUAGUUUCGGCAGACCAUAAAGUUUCGGUGGCUGUGGUACUGAGCACCUUAGUCGGUAGUAGCGUUGGGUGUCAAUGGCGUUUGUCUUCUUGAGUGUCAGUAAUGUGCUGUUAAGUUUGCGUUGAAGCGCAGGAGUCUGGUCACGUUUGAGUUCUUCGUAAGUCUGUUUGUCGUUAACAAGUGCGUCCAUUUUGUCGUGAUAGUUAGUCUUGUCCAUGACGACAGUAACUCGUCCUUUGUCGGCUGGUAGAAUAACUAUUUCCUUGUCGUUUCUCAGUCCUUUAAGGGCAUGUUGUUUGUCUUUAGUCAAGUUGCUAUCAUGUAGUGACGCUGAUUGUAUAGUGAAAGCAAUUCUACUUCUGACGUUAUCCUUAGUAGACUCAGGUAGCUCUCGUUGUCGAGACAGAGCCGCCUCAACACUAGAUACAAUAGCUUCGGUCGGUAUCCGUUUCGGAGUAACUGAGUGUUUCAGUCCGUAUGACAGUACGCGAGUUUCAUUCUUGUCUAAGGGACGGGAAGAGAUGUUUCUUACCCAGUUGUCGUCCGUUUUUCUUCGUCUCUGUUCUUUGUUGCGUAGAAGUCGUGUCAGUUUCUGUUGAUGCCCAGUAUGGGCACGUUCAGUCGCUUUGUUGGCUCGUUUGUCGGCAACAGUCGUAAUAGUGUCAAGUAAUUCAGUUGGUAUCAGUCGAUUCAGUUUGUCGUGGAGUUGUUGUCUUUUGCUAUUGUAGCGAUUGAGUCUUGUGUGGCAAUCAACUCCUUGUCUGUUCCUUGGUCUGUCUGUUCCCACCGAGGAACAGACAAGGAGCAGUAUAUAAGAUCAAUUGCUCCGACUGCCACGCGUCCUACAUCGGUGAGACUGGCAGAAACCUCGCAACUAGACUGACCGAACACAAACGAGCGACGAGGAAAGGCCACGUCAACAAUCACAUUGCUGAAGAUCACCGACUUACGAACCACAAUAUUGACUAGGACUCUGCGCAAUGCCUAACCUACAGCACCAACUACUUUCAACGACUGACCCUGGAAAGCUGGUUUACUAACUUGGAACAGACUCCCCUCAACAGGUGUCAACCACUACCGGCACCAUACAAACGACUCAUCCACGACAUUAACAUUACAAACGAACCUAACUUCACUAACGGAUCUGAACCGACCAAUCACCACUGACCUACGCCACUUGAGUCUUACAGCCAAUAACAUCACGGCAAAACUGAGCAAUCAGUGUACACAAACCGGACUAAGUACAUUCGACUGACAACAACCUUUCACUUGACUCUGAUGAUGACUUCCGCUCAGGUUGACCUGCGCCACUUGAGUCUUACAGCCAAUAUCAUCACGGCAAAACUGAGCAAUCAGUGUACACAAACCGGACUAAGUACAUUCGACUAACAACAACCUUUCACUUGACUCUGAUGAGGACUUCCGCUCAGGUUGUCGAAACGUCAGUCACCACUACCGAAAACAGUCCUUCUGCAGUCUGCAGUCUGCAGUCUGCAGUCUACAUUUUGUACCUAGUCUAUAUUUUGUAUCCGGUCUGCACUCUGCAUUCUGCAUUCUACAUUUUGUACUGACAGGUACCGUGGCAUCGAUACUGUUUAUUUUUUAGUUACAGUUAUUCGCACAACACACACAAUCGAUCACAAAAAUACCGGUAUGUGAGUUUAAUCGAAAUUUUCGUUCUUUUUCGCCUUAAUAUUCUUUCCUUUCGUAAAAAUGUAGACUUCACUUAAAAUGUUUCAAUUAAUCCACCCACCCAAAAAAAUAACCUUUGCAUCUAUAGCAUGCCUAUGUCUUUGGAAGUAAAGGCUACGCUAUUGAAUUAGGGAAAGUCCCAUUGAUUAAUUCAAUUAUAACCAAAUAUCUCGCGUUUUAACUUUCCGAGUUAUUUUUUGUGGAGGCUUGAAAUUAAUCACAAACGAUUUUCUAGGCCGCGAGUCAAUCCAUUUAAUGACACAAUUUUUCUACCAAAAAUUAAUUUUUAAACUAUUAUUUUUUUUGGCAUUUUAAGCGAUUUGGGAGAGAGAGAGAGAGAGAGAGAGAGAGAGAGAGAGAGAGAGAGAGAGAGAGAGGAAAGAGAGCAUUAAUAUGUUAUUUACCAGCUUGAGGCCAUGACCCACGUCUUUCCUUGAAAAGAAUGUCCAGCCGGCAAAACGAAAUUUAUUUAUAGAGAAUGGCAACAAAGUAACGGAUUACUCUACCACUUACGAAAGUGUUGCCGUGCCAGUGGAUAGAGAUAAGAAAAUACGGACCGCGCUAAGUACCCACCAGAUUGCAGGAUUCGUCACUGUGCCCUCUGAGAAAACAAUGCACCCUAUUUUAGCUAGUUGCAAAGUAAUUUUUCUUGAGAAAAUAAGAGCAAUGAGCAAAAUUUUUGCUCCUAUUAUAUGUUAAACCAUCGAAUAAAUAAUUUUUUUAUUUCACUAUUAUUUUCAGUUUUUAGUAUUUUAAUUUUAGUGUGUGAAUUAUAUCCUACGGCCUAAUCAGUGCAUCGUAGCAAUCGCAUAAGGUGUACUUCAAAGGCGAAAACAACUAGGACUAAACCAUUAAAGUGUUCUUUGUGUUUUUUCCGGCUCAAAAGUUCGCUUCUUUAAAAGUCAAAUUUUAAAAACUAAAACAAAAAAAAUCAAAGACCAAUCUGUUGCUACGUAUUUUUUCCUUGUUGUAAAGUGUAAUACUGUGGCAUAUUUUGUUGUCAAUGACACAGUAGUGGAAUGAUAAAGCUCGUUAAUGUUUUGAUUUGUAUGAAGUAUCACCAAUUACGUGUUCAAUUGCUUAUUGCAUUUUCAUUUAUUCUUAGACCCACCCACAAUUCAAAAUAUCACCACGUCAUCUAAGAAGUCUUGGAUUGGCCAGACAGUGACUUUGAAGUGUCUUUCUGAUGGUCUUCCUACACCAACACUCUCUUGGUACAAACCUAAAGGAAGUGAAAUAAACAGAGUCAGAGCCAGAGAAAACAAAGUACAAGUGCCACUCAGGGGUGAUCAAGAUUUUGGUCAUUACAAGUGCAUUGCUGCCAAUGGACUUAUUCCAUCUGACGAGAAAUUGAUAAAGAUAAAUCAGAUAAGUAAAUAAAAAAGAUAAGUGUAUUUUGAUAAAAGAAAAACUACAUAUAAGGUCAGCAUUUUAUUUUGCCUUUACUCAUUACCACUAUUUCUGGUGUAUUAGAAGUAAAAGCUAUCAACGCCUUGCCCUUUGGUAGCAUUAAAUAAACACGUUACAAAAGAGCGUUGAACAUCAGGUAGAUUGACGACAUCCUCCCAUGCGAGUAUCCAUAGGAAACUUCCUCAAGCAUGGACUCUAAAUUUUUCCUUUUCCUAUGGGCCCUUGGCUAAUUUAUCCGGCAGCUAGUUGGAGGAAGUCCAAUUACAGGAUACCGGCUAAUCUUACAAAAGGGUGAAACUGAGAUAGAAAAGGAUAAUAUCACCGAUCCUGGGACGACAACUCAUUCGUUUCGUGGUUUGGAGAAAAAUACCAACUACACGGUGAAAUUGUUUUACAGAAAUUUUGUUUUCGUGGGAGAUCCCACCGUAAGGAGAAUUAGGACUAGAUUUGAAGGUGAGGAAUCACAAUUGAUGUCGUGACUGAGCACUUCACACCAAUUAUUUUUUUUACCAACUUAGAUUUUUCCCAGUUUUCACAACAUUAUCUGCUCGCCGCGUUAUAGGUGUUGUCCCUUUCUUAGUGGCCAGUUUCUUUUCCUUUCUAAUGGUUAUUUGAGAGGUACCCACGUUUGAAGAAGCAUAAUAAUAAAUAAACCACAGGUGAAAGUAGGUGAGAUGAAAAAAAAACUCAACGGUUUCCGUUUCAGACACUACGCCGAUUUUUUAUUUCAAAUUACCUUACACUGGCCCUUUUUCUGUUGUCACGCAAAAAAGGGUUCGCCACUUUGCUGAGCGUUAUUGUGAUAACAUAGAUAUGAAGUUGGCUUUUUAAUUUUUUAAAAUAAGUAAUAUGUUUGUUGUGGAAGACCCUAUCCCUCGUGGGCUCCGUACGUGUGUGGUUUUCAAGUUGUAAUGCCUGUUAUGUUGGCUAAACCUCUCGGCAUUUAUCCACACGUGUGCGUGAGCACUUGGUCUGUGAUAGAACCCCUCACAUUUUCAGACAUUUACCAAAUUCUUAACAAUGUCGUACUCUAUAUUCUGAUGAGUGUUUUAGCAUCUUAGAUCACGCUUCCACAACUCUCCAACUUAAAAUCAAAUAAGUAAUUCAAAUUCAGGGAGGGCAAGCUACACUUAAUCAUCAUCUUUAUCAUGUAAAUUAACUUUCCUUGUAAUUGCAUUCAUUGUUCCGUUUGUAUCGUUUGUUUUGUCCCAUCAGCAUUUUGUUAUAAACCUUAAAGUCAACUUUGUACUUUUUAUAAAUCAGAACUGAAGAUGACAGAAGAACUCUCGAAACAAGUUUUUAAAAAUUUCAUAUAUUUUCUUAAACCAACUGUCCCUUUUGACAGUGAGGCGAUUUUCGCAAAUCGUUUGACCAAAGAAUUGAAGUUUGAUAUAAUGGGCCUUUCACGAAAAUCGCUUUUAAUAUACCAAUAUUAUGGGGAAAGCUUGUGAAACAGUUUGUGGAUGGCCUUGAAGAAUCCUCCGUAUGUUUUCUUGAAGAUGAAGAAAGUACGAGCACAAAAAAAACAGAGUGCGAGAGAAAGAAGUCAAGUUAUAAGCUGUAACCUGAUAAAAUUGGAAAAAUUACGACCGACGAAGAAAGUUUGAGAUAGGUAUUUAAAAAGCGAAAUCACGAAAUUUAAUCUCUUUCUUAUGAUUAAGGUGGAUGGAUAUUGUUUUCUUAAAUACCUACCAGCUAUACUCAAAGCUCUUAAAAAGAAUCAAACCUCCAUAGGUCCCAUAGCUAUCGGGAUUUGCUACUUAAUUUAAUGACAUUUGGUGCGUACGUCAGCACACUUAGCGUAAAAACUUCCAAUUUUUUAACACAUGUAAUAAUUCUUGUGUUAACACAGUUAACACAAGAAUUAUAGUAGGUUUGUAUAGGCAGUAGGUUUGUGUGUAACGAUUUUGCUUCAAAAUUAUGUCACAGACUUACAAAUGAGCAGUUUUAGAGCCAUUUCCAUUCGGUAAUAUCGUCAAUAAAAUUAUACUCCUCAGUAUAUAUUGUCUAUCGAGGCAGCAUAGAGGCAUUUUUUAAAAAUUCCCAUAGCUUGUUUUCAUUUCACAGGGAAAUGAGCCCUAACCAAAAAAAUUUAAGGAUUUCGUUUUUAGGAAAGUUUCUCUCGAAACCUCAUCAGCCACAUAUCUCAUUCGACAAAGAAAGUAUUGUGGUAACAGGUGUGAGUUCAGCAGCCGUAACAUGGCUACGAAGUUCGUCGCACCUGUUAUCACUUUAGCACUUCUUGUCUUCACCUCCUCAGUUGGCAAACCCCUUGGAGAAAAAAGGCUUGUUUUCUUGGCGGAAAAAUCUGCAUCAGUUUAUGUUUGCAGAAGAAGAAUCGUAGCCCUAUACGCUCAAAUGGUUCGAGAAGUGGAGCAUGUGCACUCAUUUUUCCACUGUGUCAUUGCCGAGUGCCUUUCCCAAGUCAUGUGUCAUGUCAAACUUUGAAAAGCAGAAAAUAGUUGCACACAAAGUUAGUUCCUUUCCGUAAUUACGUGACACAAAUGAAUGGCGCACUGUGACACAUCUAUGCAUCGGUCCUUCAUUUGAUCAUAUGUAGAUAGCAAUUAAAUGCCAGUAGAGGUCAAUGUAUCAUUCCUCUUCACCUUGUAAAUGUAGUAUUUGCUUAAGGCUACAACCGACCAUUAUUUCAGGCUUCUCAUCAUCACUUUUUGCCCUUUCAAAGAAUUUUGAAUUCAUCUCAAUAGGCUUAACUUAAUUUUGCUUGCUAUACACUUUCGUUUAAAAAAUUUCCCCAAAAAAUCCUCGACCAAUUUACAGAUUAUUUAGUCACUGAUAAUGGUUGUGACCAGGUUUUUGACAAGAAGUUGAAUAAUUAUUAAAAAUUUCAUGGUAUUCAUGUUGUUGACACCAAUGUAGGAGCCCCUGAUGUAGUCGAAAUAGACGAACUGCCAGGCGAAACAACAAACGAUACAAUUACCCUAAAGUGGAAGGAGCCAGAAAGUAAUGGAAAAGUUAUAACCACGUACACAGUGUACCAAAGAGUAGUGACUGAUGGGAAAGUGGGACAGUGGAUAGAAGUAAGGAGAAUCAGAGAUGUUUCUGUGAGAGAAUUGAAAAUAGCGUUGGAGAAAGGAAAGGUGUAUCAGUUUGCCAUUACUGCAACUAAUGAGCUUGGUGAAAGCCUAAAACAAGAGAAAGCAAAUAUCCAGCAAGUCAAGGCAGAAGGAAGUAUGUUCAAAUGA